UUCAAAGAAGCGCAUCGCCUUUUGUCGAGGCAAACAAUAAGCGCCUUUCCGUGGCUGCGCUUUGCAUGUCGGCAUGUGGGAAGUGUUUGUGACUUUAGUUGGCAUCCUGUCUGUUCGCCUCACUGUCAUCCUGUGGAUGCUGCUGGGAGAGGAUUGCCAUUGGCGCCUCCCUCCUUCUCUUUUCUGCCCUCCUCCCCUUUCAUGUCCGUCCUUCCUGUGGAUUCUCAUUCUUAAAAUCCACAAUAACAUGUCGUCGCGAUUAAUAUCGUCCGCCUCGUCUUUCUCUCUGCCCUUCGUUUCCUUCCUGCCGUGUCCGUCUUCCUUCCUCCCCUCUUGACAGUCAAAUUGAUCAUCUUGCAUCAAUAAAUCAAAUGGUGAGGGCUCUGAUCCGCGCGGCUCCUUCAGAACCCUUGGAUGGAGACUGUUUUGGGUUGAAGGGCAUUUACAAGUCAGACAGGCAAGGGGAGGUACUAGCGGCCACGACCCGGGACGUCACACCCAACCCAGAUGCCCUGACUGCAAUAGCACUCUUCUUUUUGUGUGUGCGUGUGUGUGCAUGCGACCGGGGGUUCAAAGUGUGACUGGCUCAGUCAGCUGCGGCUGCAGUGGAGACUGAGACAAAGGCGCACUGACCCGCAUAUCAGAUAAAUCGCCAGACAAUCAGUUCAAUGGAACAGGGACGUCAUUUUGGAGACCAUGUGGCAGGUUGUAAAGUGACCACAGGGGGGCAGACAUCAAUGUCACUCCCAGAGCAUCAGGGAGAUGGGCAGCUACACAAAGUUGAUCCGCAGCAGUUCUUGGCAGCAGACUUCUUAUCUGCCUCCAUGCUCGGUUCCCCAGACCCUCCAACCUCUCCUCACAACCCUGCCCAAAUGAUACAUUCAAGCCCUACGGGAUUAUUCUCAGAUUUCUCCCCGCCCGCGGGCCCGGGGUUGAAUAUGGAGGCGGGGACUGCAGCUCUCAUCGCAGAGAAGCCUCCAAGUAUCGCCGAUCCUCUGCAGCCCGCACCCUCAGCAGUGUCAGAGGGCCCGAAAGUGCCCCACAGCCCCAUGCUGGCUGAACCACAAACUCCUCGCAGCCCCCCGGACCUGUCAGCAGGUGCCUUAGGUGACUGCUGGCCAGACCCGAUUGCCUGCCUACCGACGGACCUCCCUUUCACCCCCAGUGUAACCUCUGUGAUCAGUCGUCAUGCUAACAAUCUCGCAAUGAUUCGCGACGAGCCACCCAAGUCCUUGGCCGGCCGAGAAAGCGCCGCUUAUGCCGCGGGUGACGAAAGGGACGGAGAGGAAUCGGACAGGAAACAGAAGAAAAAGAAGAAAAGGAGACAGAAAGAGGAGGGCUCUUACGAACACUUCGAAAGCAAGGGUCACCUUGAAGCGCAGUCGCCGGGAGAAAGCGCUCCCUCGGCAGAGUUGUUCGACCAGAGGCCUGAACCGAAGCGAGACAGUGGAGAAGGCGGAUGGGAGGAACAAAUUUGGAAGAGCGGCGGACGAGCCAAGAAGGGCAAAAGCAGGAAGAAGAUUCCCGAAGAGUGGGAAGUGUCUCCGGAGCCGUUUGCCACUUCGGCCGCAGGUACAAUCGCCCAAGACGUUCGACAGGAUCUUGGAAGUUCAACUCUCCCGAACAUGGAAUUCUCCUUUGCUGAGCUAAAUACCAGCCAGACCCCCUGGAAAGAGGAGAUCUUUCAAGAGGAAGGCCUCGUGCCUUCUUCCCUUUCCCACGAUAUAUCGGCGCCUGCACCGGUUUCCAUCAGCCCGCUGGUCUUGAACAGCGAUCUGAAAGCGACGGCGGCUCCGUUCACUAUGCCCUGCUCCGCCGGCGCCGGGCCAGUUGACCCCUCCCCCGUGGCCGCCAGUCUCCGUGAAACGAUCGAGGCGCUGAUCGACACCGAACCCUUUGGCUCGGGCGACGUGGUUGACAGUGGGAUGUUUGACAGCACCGAUUCCUUCCAAGAGCCCGCUAUGCAAUCCCUCGUCGAUAUCGAAACCUCUGUUUUUAGCCCCUCAUCCCAGCCGGGCUCGGCCCUUUCCACAAACGGCGAGGUGUUUGCAUCGGCCCCGCCCCUCUCCCCUUCGGAUGCGUCGUGGCUCCUGAACAACUCCCACGCUGGCAGCAACAGCGAGCCGUUUGACUUCAGUGACGUGAGCGCUCCCGGUCAUUCUGUGGCCAUGGACCUGGCAUUUGACAGCCCUUCCCCGGCCCCUCUCCGCUCCCCUAAAACCACCGCCCAGGAAGUCCAAAUCACAGAGCACAAAAAUGAGCAGUCGGACAAGAAACCAUCCAAGAAGUCUCGUACUUCCUCGACUUCCUCCGCUCAGAGUCCCACCACCACAGAAGCAAAGAAAUUAACUCCACAAGAAUCUCCAAGCGUUAGCCCCUCUUCCUCCCCGUUACUCGUCUCGCUUGGAACUCCGGCGUCUGGUCUUAACCCCGCAGCAAAGCCCUUCUUUCCCAGCUUUGCUGAUACCGCGGAACAACCGAGUGUGGUUUCUCCCAUCAUCGAAGACCAUGUUGCCAAGUCGAACGAAAAGGAGGAGAAGCCCAAGGUGGACCUUAUUGAUCCAGCUGAGCAGAGGAGCGUAAAGGUUGAUUUCGCAAUCAGUGAGCCAGCAGCCAUGGUGGAGAAAGAUUUCGGGAUGGAAAAACAAACGGAUCUCAAUUUGUGGAAAGAAGCUGAAAAUGUCCAGCGGGAGGAAAAAGAGGCUGAAAAGGCAAUGGAGGGAAAAGAUUUUCAGGUGAAAGAGAAAGCAGCCGUGAAAGUGACUGAGGAAAAAGACGCUGAAAAGGUUCCUCAUGCAAAAGAGGCAGUGAAAGUCAAAGAGGAGGAGUCUGAAAAGGUGAAGGCAAAGGUAGUAGAGGAGCCUGAAGAAAAACGGAAAGGCAACGAGCCACAGAAAGUGGACUUAUUAGUCCCACAAAAAAUAGAAAAGGCGGAUCCAGCAAACAAGCCUGAUAAAGCUGCGGACAAAUUGGUCAAGGCGGAGACGUUUGACAAGGCAGAAAAAGUAGAAAAGGCGCCCGUGACAGACAAAGUCGAGAAAAAAGCAGAGGAGGCGGUAAAAAGUGUCGAGAACAAAGUCACUAAGACGACUGACAAGACAGAGACGAAGGGCAGCCAAGAGCAACGCGUCGAACCCAAAGUGGAAAAGACCCCCGAGCAGCCGCCGACACCUGUCAAGCUUGACGCCGCUCCUGACAAGGCGGAAAAGAAAGCUGACGCGGCCGCCGCCGCCGAUGUGGAAAAAGCCACCAAACCCUCGACUCAAACGCACAAAGCCGAGAAAGAGGAUGAAACGCAGAAACCCUCUGAGAAAGCGGCGGAGGCAGCGAAGCAGAUCGGCGGGAAGGAAGAGAAGCGGGAGAAAUUGCCGAGUGACAAAAAAGUGGGGGAGAAAAAGGACGACAAGAAGGAAAAGGCUGCGAAAGCAGAUGCAGGAGAGAAGGCCAAAAAGGCAAAACCUUCCACCAAUGGCAGCAGCGCCGCACCGAGCAAAGACUUGGCGAGUGCAGACAAGAAGACGAAGCCCAUUGCCGGGGUCCCAAAACCGAGCGCCGUGUCCAAAACACGGCAGGUCACAGCCGCUGCUGGUGGUGGUGGUGGUGGUUCUACUGCGGCACCUGCUAAGCGGCCCGCUCCCUACUCAACCACUUCCACCUUAGAUAAAAAAACGGCAACCAAGCCACCAUCGGCAGCCGCUGGGGUCCCAAAGCGGGCCUCCACAAAUACUGCCAGCCGCCUUUCAUCCUCAGCCACUGCCGCUGCACGAGAUGUUAAACCCAAGACACCCACAGAGAGGCGACCCCUCGUGCCAAAGGCCAGCACUGCCACCUCGAGUCAUGCGGGCUCCAAAAAUGGAACCACCACCACCACCACCACUAAAACGACUACAUCGACACGCACAACGUUGUCAUCCCGCGGUGCGACCGCCACGGCAACCAAAAAGCCCCUGGGAUUGAGGACGGACAGCCAACCGAGUGGAGAAAAGAAGCCUGGUGCUCUCAAGACUUCCACAGUAGCUGAUUCUAGCAAACCCAGGAGCACCACCACCACCGCGAUGCGCAGCUCCGUUUCCACGACAACCACUGCCUCUCGCACCCGCGCCGCCGCCCCGAAAACAAGCUCAUCUUCCACCACCGCUGGUGCGGUGACAGACAAGAAGCCCACGGUUCCUCGUGCUCCCAGGGCCACCUUCUCCACGACAACAACCACGACGGCGAGGACCACGGCUCGUCCCGGCACGGCCACGGCCCCCGAUAUCCACAACGCCCGCUCGAAGAUUGGCUCUACGGACAACAUCAAGCACCAGCCGGGGGGUGGGAAGGUGUCAGCUGCCUCUAAGGGCAGGGUCCCCGCCUCCAAAGAAAAAAGCCCGGUGAAAGUUCAGAUAGUCUCCCAAAAACUGGACUUCAGUCACGUGGGCGCACGCUUGGGCUCCAAGGACAAUAUGAAGCACGUUCCUGGCGGAGGGAAUGUGCAGAUUCUCAACAAGAAGGUCGAUUUAAGUAAGGUGACGUCAAAGUGCGGCUCCAAGGACAACAUCAAGCACAAGCCCGGUGGCGGCGUCGUGAAGAUUGAGUCGCAUAAAGUCAACUUUAGGGAAAAGGCUCAGUCCAAAGUGAGUUCCAUGGACAACGUGAGCCACUCGCCUGGUGGUGGAAGCGUCAAAGCUGAGGGGCCCCAGGAGACAGGUGAGGGUGUUGGGACACCAUCCCUCGCCCUUGGCCUUGGCCCAGAGUCUGGGCAGGUGGGGGGCCCCGCUGCCCACGAGAAUGGGCUGAAGGAGGCGGCUCUCUGUGAUACCGGGGGUCCCCAGGAGCCCCAGGCCCUGGUUUCCCACAUCCCAGAGACGAGCAUUUAAUUCUGCUGUCGCUCUGCCCCCACCCCUCAUCUCAUCGCCUCCUUUCUUUCCCGUCUAACCCCCCCCACCCCCCGUCCUCCUCCUGUUUCUUUCCAACAUUUCUGCCGCAGAUUGAGUUUUUCAAGCUCAACUUCCGCGAGAAGGCUCGCUGUCGCACGGACCACGGCGCCGACAUCAUCACCUGCUCCUUCUGAUGACAGCAGACC